UGAAAAAAAUGGAGGCGGUAUGUUUGCUUUGGUGCUGCGCCAAGAUUUCUACGGUACGUGCCAGGUUCAGCCGACGCAUUUCGAGGAAGCCGAGGGUAGUACAGCCGGCGGGCAACCACACCUUUAUGUCCUCAAAAUGGUUUCGUGUGACGCGGAUUGGAGUGCUACGAAGCGGAAUGAGGUGGCGUGAACUCGAACCUGUGAACCUGGAAAGCAAGUCGCACGUCUACGGCAAGCGCGUGGAACUGGGCGCCCAAGCCUGCAGCACAAGAAAUCCGAUCUCAACCAGGCCAGACAAGGGCAGCCGCGACGAAGCCUGGCUUCCGAGUCGUGGCGUACUCUUCCAGACCCUGGACUUCAAGGGAUGGAUCGGAGAAACCGGGGCUGUACGAGGGCCUGCCCUGCUGGAACGCACCGCGCGUCGACGGCAUCCGGAUCGUUCAGGCAGCUGGCAAGACCAUUCGUUUCAUGGAUGCAGGCAUCAGGAAGUGAUGACAUUGCGACACCUGAAGUUCAAUAAAAACCAGCAAAAGUCGAACGGUCACGGGCGUCGAGUUGUCUGAUGUCCAUU